GUUCGAGAUGUGCCUCUCGCCGGAGUCGCCCUCAGAUCUCAUGCCGAGCAGAUUUCUGCAACAGUCAUGCGGAUGGGCGGCAGCUCUGCGUACCCAGGUCGGGCCGCUGCGUGCGGCUCGAGCGGGGCCCUCGCCUGCACGCCAGGCCCACGGGGGCCGCCCGGCUUUCCUGGGGGGCGCCUCCCGCCGUGAGCCAGGACGACGCUGGGGGAGCCUGGUACCCCCGACUACGGCUCCGUGCGGCCGCCGGAGCCCGCGGAGACCCAGAAUACCGCGCCGCAGAAGAGGGCUGUGAUCCAUUACCAGGAGCAGGCCAGAGAUCUCGUCUCCAAGUUCCUGAGGGACCUGCCAGGGCUUCUCCUGCCCUGGUUCCUGUUCUCGGUGGUCUUGCUGUCUCUCGCCCUGCCCACGGACUUCCAGGGGCGGCUGCGCCGCAACGAGACCGCCGG